CGACCACGUGACUAUAACUUACUACUUCCGAUGCCAAUAUAUCCGUAUGCGUUCUAUAGUAACGCAAGCCUAAGAGCUUUCACUAUCGUGUCAAAACUUCUGUGGUAACGAAAUUGCAACAAUUAGUUUAAACGGAGAAAUUACUGCGGCCAUGCUUUAAACUAAAGGGAUUAAAAAGUUUACAUUGGACGAUAAAAGGGAACACCGGUUAGUCCAUUUGACGAACGACGGUUGUGCCCCGUCUUGGUACAAUAUCCAGUUCUGUUGAUGUCGAGGAUUUAAUUAUGAAAUAAUGAAGGAGAGGAAUUAUUAAAAGUGAGCUGAUGGUAUCGGUGUGACUACGUCAACAGACAUAGAAAGACAUAGAAAUUGAUAUUUAUAUUUACAUAGGUUUGGACGUGAGAGCAUGACAGUGAAGGAGGUAGUCUCCCUUAGUAAGGUGUCGGGAUGCAUCAACAGAUGUCGCCAGUCUCGCUACCUCGUCCUUGUCAUCGUCUUCAUCGCACUCUUCCUCGACAACAUGCUACUCUCUGUUGUCGUGCCCAUUAUACCAAAUUUCUUGCGGAAACUGGAGAGUCCAUACGAAUAUGUGAAUAAAACUGUGAACAAAACUGCCCUAGUUACCACGUGUGUUCCCUUGAAUGUAACGUUUCAAUCAAAUAUCCAAAGAUUCGUCAGUACCUACAACAAAAGAUUUAGCUAUGCAGAGAGUCCGAACAACAUUGACUGCAUUAACAUAACUGUGAACGAAACAAUUCGAGAUGUUGAUGAGAUUCCAAUCGAGACUCGACGACAUGCAGAAUUAGCCAACGAGAAUGUAGAAGUUGGUCUGAUGUUUGCAUCUAAGGCCCUAGUACAACUAAUCGCCAAUCCUUUUGUGGGACAUCUUACAAAUAGGGUUGGAUACACGAUUCCAAUGUUUACUGGAUUCGUGGUUAUGUUUGUGUCUACAGUCAUAUUUGCUUUUGGGGAAAACUACUGGGUCCUUGUUUUUGCCAGAGCAGUCCAAGGAAUUGGUUCUUCCUGCUCAAGUGUCGCAGGAAUGGGGAUGUUGGCAAUGACUUACCCAGAUGACAAGGAGAGAGGAAAUGCUAUGGGUCUGGCCUUAGGUGGUCUAGCUAUGGGGGUACUUGUUGGGCCACCAUUUGGAGGUAUAAUGUAUGAAUUUGCUGGAAAAGAAGCACCUUUUCUCAUUCUAUCUUCACUUGCCCUACUUGAUGGCAUACUACAGAUGUUUAUGCUGCAGCCGUCUGUAAAGCCAGAGUCCCAAUUAGGAGCCCCGUUAUCAGAGCUUCUAAAGGAUCCAUACAUACUUAUAGCAGCGGGAUCCAUAACAUUUGCUAACAUGGGUAUUGCGAUGAUGGAACCCUCCCUGCCGAUAUGGAUGUUUGAGACCAUGGGAUCUCCAGAAUGGCAGCAAGGUGCUGCCUUUUUACCGGCCAGUAUAUCAUACUUAAUAGGAACAAAUACUUUUGGUCCACUAGCCCACAAGAUGGGGAGGUGGCUCAGUGCAUUAAUCGGAAUGAUUAUCAUAGGUGUAUGCUUAAUAGCCAUUCCAUUCUCAAGAAAUAUAUAUCAUUUGAUAGCACCAAAUUUUGGACUUGGUUUUGCAAUAGGUAUGGUAGAUUCCUCCAUGAUGCCACACAUGGGGUAUCUGGUAGAUCUACGUCAUGUGUCUGUGUAUGGUAGUGUGUAUGCUAUUGCAGACGUCGCCUUUUGCUUAGGAUUUGCCUUUGGUCCUGCAAUUAGUGGAACCUUGGUGAAAGAAAUAGGAUUCAACUGGAUGUUGUGGAUUAUAGCAAUAAUUAACUUGAUGUACUCACCUCUUCUAUACUGGAUAAGGAGUCCUCCUGGACGAGAAGAGAAAAUGUCCCUGAUUAUGAAUGACCAAUGUCCUGUUCAAUAUGUCACGUACAAUCAGACCGGAAAGAGUUUACCUACUUCCGAUGACGAAGACCCGUACGGGAACGACUACUAGAACGCCAGUGUACCACGUGAUCUGUAUCAUUACCCAAAACAAUGAUACGCCAAAUUUUAAUGUUUCUGAGCGAUUUGGAAAUAUUGUUGUUAGAAGUUCGCUGAAAGAAAACAAUGUCUUUUAAUGCUUCCAAACUCAUGAAUAUGCAUUAGAAUGUUUAAAUGAUCCGAAUGUGUCCAUGUUAAACUGUUAUAUGUAAAGUAUAUUCAUGUAUAUAAAAUGUUAUAGAGCAUUGUCAUUCUUUAUUUUCAUAUAGAUAUAAACAUUUUUUAAAAUUUUGUUUAUCAUGUCGCAAAGUAGAUAUUUUGCGAAAUAAUCUGAUAUACAACUUCAGAAAGAAGAGUUUCAUUUUAUAUAAUUUUUAAUAGUUACAUGUAAAUUGAGAAAAUAAAACCCAUAUUUUACCCGGAUUUUAAAAACUUUUAUCACAAUAAGGACGUAAUUUUGUGUUCUUAUAUUCUGUGUAAUUGAAGAGCUCCAAUAUUUGAACGACCUGUGUGCAAAAUUUAUUAUACUUAUGAUGCUGAAACAAAUCAGAGAAAAUACCAGUUAAAACUAUAUGUUGGGUAUUUUUCUGCAUGUACAUCUUUCUUUGAAUACACUGUAAGUCAAGGAUUUUCAACAUUUGAAACCUAUUCAAAAUCCCUGGUAAUGUAUGCUGUUUUUGUAGAAGAUUGCCUGAUGGCAUUAAAUUGAGAUUAUCUUGAAAAAAAUAUCAAUGGGUAAGAUAAACUGUAAGGUAAUAUGUUGUGCAUAACCUUGAGUAGAGAAUUUUGGAGAAAUCUUGGAGAAUUCUAAGAGACAUUGCUAUUUUGUAAGGCGGGCUCGAUCCGUUUUACCAAAAAAGAUCAUGACCAACAUUUAGUAUUAAUCUCUAAUACUAUUUUAGUGCAAAGAACUUAAUGUUAUUAUUACAUUUUUACGAAGUAAAAUAUGUUUUUAAAAGAUUGAGAAUUCUGAGAUGUUGUGGUAUUUACUUAUAAUAAAAAGACAAAUUGGAUGACUGUAUGAUUGAGGUCUUACAAUGUAUACUUAAACUACUAAAGAAAAAUGUGAUAUCGUUUUAUUUUAUUGUUCAUAUCUAAUUUUUACUUUAUCAUUUUUAAAAUAAUGUUACGGUAAAUACACUUGUUAUUCAAAUGCAUGUACCACUAGUGAAUGUACAUUGAGCAAGCAAGGGUAACGAAAGAUGACAUGUACACGUAGAAUAAAGGGUUGACAUGAAGUUAGAGAAUAUUUAAAAAAAAACAUACGUAACAGAUAUUACGAGGGUCAAAAUAGGUGAUAAAAAUGACCUAUUUUAUGCAGAAACUUGCAUUUUAUACAAAUGACAAUGAUACAAUGUUAAAAUAAUUGUCACGUGAUUUGUUGACAUAGACUCUAUAUAAUAUCAUCUGUAUAUUCCUGUUGUCUCGGUGCUAAUUACCUGUUGUAGACUAAUUAGCCUUAAUUAAAUAUAC